GCGAAUAAAAGACGUGUAUUUUUUUAUCGAUUCUAUCGAUAUCAAAGCAUUUUGAGCGUACACGUCACUAUUUUCUUUCUGACGGGACUCGCGUUCGAUUUUGAAAUAUACCGCCAAUUUACUAUUUAACUUUUUUUUCUGUUUGUGUAUUUUCGCGCGUUUCUGUGAUGCCACUUAUGUAUCUGUGAACACGUGGGUGGAUUGUAAUACAUUUUUUUUUUUAUUAAAAACAAAAUGUUAAAUGUGUCUCGAAUACAAUAUUAUACGUAUUUCGCUAUAAAGUAGUUAAAACUGUAUAAAAACUCUGUCAGUAUAUCCAGUAUUACGAAGGCGCCUAAAAUAGAUAAGACCUAGAAUCUCAUUAUACAUAAUGUAUCUUAUAUACAUAAUCGCUGUGGUCCUGGUGGGCUGCGGGAGGGCGGCAAAUGUAAACAGACACAUGAAGUUACUAGAAAUUGAAAAUCACAUAGAUAAAAGUGUAGUACAGACGCCCCAAUCAAAACGCUUCAUAACUAUUACGAAGAGGCCGGGACCCCACAUCAUACACAGGCCCGGCACCACACUCGAGCUUACUUGCGAAGCGAUCGCUGCUCCAGCGCCCGCUGUACACUGGUUUAGAAACGACGCCCCUAUUUAUGAGUACGAUAAAGAAUCAAAUGAAAUAAUGGAUACGAAUCCGACGUCCGUCGCGAGGGUCGCUUCCACGUUGCUGAUAACUCGGUCCGAGACACCGGCGGAGUAUUCGUGUCUUAUUGUUUCUGGAAUGAAAACAGCACGAGCCUCAACCAUUGUUUACAGCACAGAUGGCAGCACCGAAAUAACUGAGCGUUCCAAGCUUGUUCCUUUAUCGCCGAGAAUCCUCGUAUCAUAUAAAGUUUUCGUCGACACGAUAGGCAGCAAUAUCGUGCUACCUUGCAGGGUCAAAGGUCACCCUCGACCAGUGGUGGUUUGGAGGGAUAAGGACGGCGUGGUCAUUGAGAACGACAGUAGAAUGAAGGUGCUGCGUUCCGGCGAGCUGGUGAUCACUUCGCUUCUCUGGAGCGACAUGGGCGAGUUUACGUGCAGAGCCAGCAAUCUCUUCGGAAGUACCCAGAUCAAGACAUUCGUUUAUCCGGCUCGGCCGAAUGAAACCGACGGAUAAUCGGCAGCAAAUAAACAAACGAAGUUCCUGUUGAUAGUUAAGAUUGUAAGAGCACUUCACACGCUCCCCGUAACGCUGCGAUGUAUUUGAAUUUAUAAAUACAUUUCUAAUUAUUUUGGUUACAUAAUGUUAUUUGUAAAUAACUUGAACGGAAUAUAAAAUAUUGUAUGAUAACGGCUGGUCCGGAAGUAUUAAAAAUAUGUUUAAAUAUUUAUACAAACUAUAUACUAUGUAUUAAAGAGUACCGCACUGUGUACCGCAAAUUAAUUCAAUAAGAUUCUUUAUAUAACUUGAUAAAAAUAUCAUAACCUUGUGACUAUAUUAAAUUUUAUUCAGUAGAAAACAGAAACAGUCUUAAAAAAAUGAUUAAGAAAUUGAAAUCACAAUGACAGCAUAUCCGAUUUUAAAAUCUAACGCCAUUCAUAUUCUUGGUUUUCAAUGUCAUCGAUAGAUGGCGCUAGAGGUGUAUCAAGAUAUCUGUUUUAUGAUCUUGUUUCUGACGAAUAUACGUAUUAAACAAAUGAGUUACAAGUUUUUCUUACUUUAAUACUUUAUAAUACUUUAUGAAAAUGUAAUUGUGACCAGUGAUUAGAAAAGUUAAAUACAACAAAACG